AUGCAGCUCACCUCCAUCCUCGCGGUCUCAACCGCCCUGUUAGCUGCUCAAGUCCCAGCUCAAGGCAUCCACCCCGCGGUCCCCAGCCUCUCAGUCUGGAGGACGCCCUCGCCCUCGCCCUCGCCCUCGCCCACCGUCGCCUCAGACAUGGCCACGCCCGCGGCCUCCAGCUCGAAGGUCGCGCAGUCCUCGGCCUCGCACUACAUGGCGCACCACUCGUUCCGGCCGAUGGUGAAAGCUGACGCGCAGUCACAUUCCUCCAUGCGCCCUGUCGCCAGCCCUUCCUCCUCGCACUCGCAGUAUAUAGCUUCCGCGGCAACACCCUCGCCCUCGUCCCAGUUCGGCACCCAGAACCAGAAACAGCACCAAGGUCUGCGCAUGCCAGCUGCCCAGGGUCCUGUGGAGCCUGCCGCGCUGCAUGGCGGGCUCGCGCCUGUUGAUCCCCUGAUGCCAGGUAGCGAUGUCGCCCCGGUGCUAAUGCAGAAGCCACAUGGCAAGGAUGAGGGCAAUUCGUUCUGUAUGGGGCAGUGCUACCCUAGUAAGGGGGACGCGCACUGUUCUAAGCCUUAUGCUUGGCCUCUGUACAAGGAGGCGAAUGAUUGCUGGAUGUGCUGCGUCACUGCUGGUGAUUUCUAG